GUCACCUCUGAAGAGCAUGCGCAAAAUUUUCGUUCCCUCGACUUAACAUUCAAGAUGGCGGCGAACGCGGCUCAAAGUUUGAAACCACGUUUUUGGAAGCCAGAUACGGAAAAACCUAAUAGCGUUAUUGCGACCGAAAGGCCUAUAAGUGGUGAUGAUACUUCUGAGUCAGCGAUCUAUAAUCCUAACAGCUCCCUGUCUAUCACCCUUCAAAGACAGAGGCUGCCAAUUUUCAUGCACAGAACAAACAUUUUGUAUCUGCUAGAGAAAUACGAGACUGUCAUUGUCGUAGGAGAGACAGGCUGCGGAAAAUCGACGCAGAUUCCACAGUAUUUGCACGAGAGUGGUUGGACAGCUGGAAAAUGGAAAGUUUGCAUAACACAACCUCGUAGAGUUGCAGUUGUUACUGUAGCAACCAGGGUAGCAGAGGAGAGAGGGUCAUUUGUGGGAGAAGAAGUGGGUUAUUCAAUUCGAUUUGAUGACUGCUGUAAUCCAGAAAGAACACGCAUGAAAUUUGUAACAGAUGGUGUGCUACUGAGAGAGACAAUGAGUGACCCGCUGUUGUCGCAGUACAGUGUGAUCAUGUUAGACGAAGCACAUGAGAGAACGCUGCAUACUGACAUUAUGAUAGGGCUCUUAAAGAAGAUUAAGAAAAAGCGAAAAGAUCUCAGGAUCAUCAUUUCAUCAGCCACGCUUGAUGCAGAGAUGUUUAGAGAUUUUUUCAACACCAACAUCACCAGUGAUCGUAGCAAGGACACUGCUGCAAUACUGUCGGUGAAAGGGCGUUCCUAUCCUGUUGAUAUACACUACACCCUAAGCCCUGUUCCUGAUUACUUAAAAGCAACAGUUGAUACUGUCAUGGGUAUACACAAGGAGGAACCUCAUGGUGACAUUCUUGCAUUUGUUACUGGUCAAGAAGAAGUCGAAACUGUGGUCUCACAGUUGAUUGACAGAGCCAGAGCCUUGCACAAAGGGUCACAAUAUCUCAAAGUACUUCCCAUGUUCAGUGGCCUUCCACACACAGAGCAGAUGCUUGUUUUCAAGCCAACUCCACACAACACUAGGAAGGUGGUAGUUGCGACAAACAUUGCAGAAGCCUCUAUCACCAUAAAUGGAAUAGUGUAUGUCGUUGACUGUGGUUUUGUGAAGCUGCGAGCUUAUUCUCCAAAAGUGGGAGUGGAAAGUUUAGUUGUAGUACCAGUGUCACAAGCAUCAGCGAAACAGCGUGCUGGCCGAGCAGGCCGUGUGAGAUCAGGAAAGGUAUACAGGCUGUACACAGAACUAGACUUCCUUGCUCUCAAACCCUCUACAGUGGCUGAAAUGCAAAGAUGCAACAUGGCCUCAGUUAUGCUGCAAUUGAAGUGUUUGGGAAUUGAUAACCUGCUUCGUUUCAACUUCCCAGCUCGUCCUCCUGCACAGAGCAUGAUCCGUGGGCUGGAGCUGUUGUAUGCAUUAGGAGCAGUCGAUCAACAUGGAAAGCUGGUUGAUCCAUUGGGAACAAACAUGGCAGAAUUUCCCACUGAUCCAAUGAUUGCCAAAAUGCUUCUGUCAUCAGGUGAUUUUGGUUGUUCAGAGGAAAUCCUGACAAUUGCCGCCAUGCUUCAGAUCCAGAACAUCUUCCUCGCCCCUAGCAGACAGAAAGCUGCAGCCGACAAUGCCAAGAGGAAAUUUUCUGUUCAUGAAGGAGACCAUGUUACCCUAUUAAAUGUCUAUGAGGCCUUUGUUAAGUACAAGAAGAGCUCAAGGUGGUGUCAUGAGAACUUCCUGAACUACAAGGGUCUGUGUCAUGCCCUUAAAAUUCGAGAGCAGUUCAAAAAACUUCUCUUGCAAUUUAAAGUUCCACUAGUGUCUUGUGACGGUGAUGUUGAUUCAAUUUGCCAGUGUGUCGUAAGUGGAUUCUUCGCUAAUGCUGCUCGAUUACAUCCAUCAGGGUCUUAUCGCACGGUGCGAGAUGACCACCCAUUGUACAUCCACCCGACGUCAGUUCUUUAUACUGAAACACCACCACAGUGGGUGGUGUACCAUGAAGUGCUUCAGACUUCCAAGGAAUACAUGCGGGAUGUCACUGCAAUUGAUCCAUCAUGGCUGUACACGCUGGCUCCUCAAUACUAUGAGUUUGGAACUGAACGAGAGAUUGCGGCUAAGAGAGCCAAACAUAUCUAAAUGAACAAAGGCUUUCACCUAGGACUAUUUUGACUAUGAUUAGCUUUCUAAUUUUUAAGAGCUACUACUAACAGUGAUACCCAAUUCAACCAGCUAUGCUUAAUAAACAGGAUUCUUAACUAAAAUAAUCAAUGAAUCUUUUGUUCAGGCUACAAAGUGGCUGUGUUAUUUCGGUGGUCUCAAGUUGGGGGCUCCGCUGUGUGCAACAGAACUUACCUUUGCGUUUGAAUCAGUUUUAUCUCUAUAGCAACUAUCUACUUUCUCUUCUACCUUCCAAGCUGAAACUUUAUCAGUAUCAUGUUUUAUUGUAUGGCUUGUUUUUGUGGCCGAUAUAAUGCAUGCGCUGAUUGGGCAACUUUAAGACAUUAUUCUCGCGUAAUGCCGACGGGCAGAUUGCAAGCAUGCAAAAACAAAGCAAACAGCCACAUAAUAAACAACUUAUUAGGGUGGAACAUUCUGUCUUAACAGAAAAAUCUCAAACCAAGACCUUACCAUAAUGACUGAGCAAGCAAACCCAAAAAGAAAGAAGAGAGUGAAACACCAUUAUCCAUUCUUUUUGGACCUUUUCACCAUAACUUUGCCAGUGCAUGUGAAAAAAGACCAACUUCACACUUGUUAAUUGAUGCAAUACUUAUUAUUCUGAGAUUUUUAAAACCAAAUAAUUUACUGAAGAAGAUAACUUUAUUCUCAUAUAGCUGCUAUUCAACGAUAUUAUAUAUACAUGGCAAUCAACUUCGCAAUUCUUUAACAAAUGAUCCAAAUAGUGAGAAGUAAUCAAGUGCGUUACAAUAUUAACCAAUAAAAUGUUGAUCAAAAUAUUCUGCAAA